AUGGUCGCCAACAAGACCCUCGUCUUCAAGAAGAUUCCUACCGGAAUCCCAGUAGCUGGGGAGCACCUGGCAUUGGAAGAGCGUCCCUUCGAUAUAGACGCAAUACCUGCCGGCGGUCUCAUCGUCAAGGUACUAACUGUGUCAUUCGAUCCAUACCUACGAGAUCGCAUGCGUGACCCUAGCAUUCCCUUAUACCAGCCAGCUUUUGCCCUCGACGGAGCUGUCGAGAAUUUCGCCGUCGGGCGUGUCCUCAAGUCUGACAGCGACAAGUUCAGCGCUGGCGAUCUCAUUCACACAGUUCUCCCUUUUGCGGAGUAUGCUGCAGUACCUCCAGAGUUUUUCGGCUACGUUAGCAAGAUACAUAACCAUUAUAAUCUGGAUUUGGAUCUAUUCUUGGCUCCGCUGGGCCUGCCUGGAAUCACAGCUUAUUCAUCGGUAUAUGAGCUGGGACACCUUAAAAAGGGCGAGACGAUAUUCAUUAGCUCCGCCGCAGGCGCUGUUGGAUCCGUCGUUGGACAGCUCGCGAAACGUGAGGGUUUAACAGUGAUUGGGUCUGUAGGCUCCGACGAGAAGUUGGAUUUCAUUACCAAAGAACUGGGCUUCGAUGCCGGAUUCAACUACAAAAAGGAGCGGGCUUGGAAUGCUCUAAAGCGCCUCGCUCCGGAGGGCAUCGAUAUCUACUACGACAAUGUAGGCGGCGAGCAGCUAGAAGGAUCAAUAGAGAACCUCAAGGUCGGGGGACGCAUUAUCGUCUGCGGGAUGCUUGAUAACAUCAACAAACCACUUGAGGAGCGAUUUGGUGUGAGGAAUCUACCUAGGAUGUAUCAUAGACGGUUAACAAUGACUGGGUUCGUUGUGUCGGAUGAUAAUUUCUGGCCAAAAUACGGACAGAGGCAUCAGGAGGAUCUUCAGAAGUGGAUUGCCGAGGGAGGUUUCAAGGCCCCGUUACAGGUUACGCAUGGUCUUGAUCAUGCUAUCGAAGGAUUCCUCGACAUGUUUCAUGGGAAGAUAUUCGGCAAGGCUGUCUUGAAGAUAAAGGAGUAG